AUGGCGCCCGAGUACUAUGCGGAACGCAUGCUAGAUGUUACGAAAUUGGUGGAUGAAGCAACUGCCUCCCUGGAUGACUGCUACGAGGCCCUGCAACUGAUGCGAGAAAGUUGCAAUGAGGCCUGUCUCCACGUGCACCCAUUUAAUGACUGUCUCCGCAAGUGCUGGGCUGGGUGGAAGUAUGGUCGUCUGACAUGCAGACUCAAGUUUUCGUAA